GGUCUAUGCCUCGGACAAAGUUGGGACGUCCUCUGGCUCAUUGAAGCGCCUUGCGGAUGAUGAAUUUGAGACUGCUCUGGCCCCGCCACCGAAGAAGAAAUGGAUGGUCGGCAGGACGCGCGCUCCGGGUAGUCUGCGCAUCGUCGAAUCCGCGCCCCCGCCGAUAAUAACCUUCGAGGAAGGGCAAGACCCUGAGGUAUGGGCACGAUUAUGCAGGUAUGUUGAUGUCACGACUACUAAUCAGGACUUGUUGUAUCUGCAGGUAGUCGCGGAGGUAGUCAAGGAGACGGAGGCGGCAGCUGGCGCCGUCCCGCCUGAAGUUCCAGUGUCUGGGGAGGUCGUCAUGGUUGAAGAUGAUCCUGAGCCUCCCGCUACUGAAGUCAAUCCUGCGGGUACUGAGGUAUCCGCACAGGAAGAAGGUAGGACUACCAUGGCUGGUGGUAGUCAGGAUGUGCUGCAACAUGCCUCGCCAAGGGAUCCUGCCCCCACCAUUAAGCCCCUACACUGGGUGGGGAAGCCGUCGCUAAAGCUGCAACGGUCUGCAAGGAUAUCUUCUAGACUGGGCCUUGGGUUGUCGGGUUCAAGGUCAACAACUGAUGAUGCUAGCUGCUCGGUUGAAGAUGUAGCCCCCGCGCCUACUGUAGCCCUGGCCGAGGGAGAUUCAGCUCCGGCGGUCAAGACAGGUGCCGCAUCACUUGUCGCUACGUUGAUGCAUGACAUAAUCGACUCGAUGGUUGACAAUGCAGUGCCAUCCCUCGAGCCUACUGUACCCGGGGCUCUUCCCAUGGAUAUUCUCGUGGAGAGUCCGUCCCCACCUAUGAUCAUGGAAGCUAACCCCCUUAACGCUGCUGCUCCCGAAGCCCCCAAGCUUGAAGCCGCCUGAGCCCUUGAAGCCGUGGCUGCUGCUGUCGGGAUGACUUCCGAAGCUGGCACGUCAUCUGGCCGUGAGAUGGUCCUAUUUCCCAGCAUGAGGAUCGAGCCGAACAUUGAGAUUCGGGUGCUGCUCGAGGAGGUCCAGCUGAUUGACGAUCCUCUGCUAGAUGCGCAGACGGUGGCCACCAUACUCGAGAUGAACCAGCACGUCACGUCUUACACCGAGGACUUGAUCAACCGCUCCUACUGGAAGUCCCAAUUGUUGCGGGACUAUGGUGAGACCGUACAAUGUGCUGUGGUGUUGGAGAAGGAACUGGUUGAAGAGCGAUAGCAAACCUCCCGACUUGUCAUGAAGCUUGACAGCACGGCGGCAACCUUCCGGGCAUAGAUGCAGGAUUUGGAAAAGGAAAAAUGGGCGUCUUGCUGCCCGGAACAAGUUGUUGAAUCAAAUGCUUGAAGAGUAUAAGAAUCAGGAACCCCGGUUGAAGGCUUCUAUAACUCAUUGGAAGAACGCCUACUACUGGACCACUGAUCAACGUGACAUGCUCGAGUAGCAGGUGUCCAAGCUGGAGCACACUUGGAGAAGGAGAUGAAGAUGCGCCAAGAUGGUAAAGUCAAACUAAUCAAUGUCAUGACGACCAUCCAGGCGCAACAAGUCGAGCUUGGGGCCUAUAAGCUGGAGCUGCAAGAGCUGUCUGCAGUAGCUCGGCCAUUGGCUGACAUGGUGGAGCCUCCAGUCGAUGGCGCGGAUCCUCACCCACCUGUAGAGAGACUCCAAGAUGUGCCGGGAAAGAUCGCAGGCUGUGUCCAGGGGAUGGCGAAGUCCGUCUCAAAAUAGUUGCUAGCCUUCGCAAAGUCCUUCUACCCCGAUGCCGACUUGUCUCCUGUCGUGGAAGGGAUAGCAGGAGAUUACACGGAUGAAGUCUUCAAGCAGUAUCUGAAGGAGGUGAAUCCCAUUGCCGAGGAAGUCACCAAGCACCUGGAUCUGCAAUGAAUUCCUUACCUUUUGGGAUAGGAGGAACAUUUAGUUUUGUAAUGGGAUAAAUGUGUAGAUAACUUUAAAUCUUAGUGCAAUUUGUUACUCUCGACUUGUCAUCUAUUGUGUUUA